AUGGAUGUUCCAAUAACCUAUUUCGUCUGUUCUUAUCAGCUCGAUCGAUCAAAACAAUUUCAAUAUCAGACGUUGUCUGUCGCAACUGUCCAGUUCAACAACGAAGAUCAAGAUGAGUCUGUAAAUGGGUGGUUUUGUACUUGCGCAGCUGGUGCACGGGCAAUCGGCUGCUGUUCACACAUUACGGCAUUGAUUUGGCAUUUGGGGGUCUGCCGAGGUGAAGUACAAUCUACUGAACAUCAACUUUCCGCGAGUAUUUAUCUACAAAGUAUUCAAGACUACGUCCAGUACUCUGAUAUUGAUUCAACAGACGAAGAACCUUACAAUUCAACCACUAACCUGAGUGGCGACGAUUGA